AUGGAAGCGAAUGAGCAAAAGACACAUCAUACGUUAAGCUACGAUGAUGAAGAGGAUACUUUUGUACUAACGACAAAACAAAAACAACAAUUGCAACGAAACGAGUAUUUAGAAUCGUUGACCAAAGAGCAGUUGAAAAUUGAGGCGAAGAGACGUGGACAAAAAACUUUGGGAACUAAAUCCGAAUUGUUACAACGAUUGGGCUAUAAAAUGUCAUUAAGACAUUCGAGCUCUUUAAACAAUGUUCGUCAAUCAUCUAGUCAAAAAAUGAAGAUGUCAUCGUCAUCUCCAAACGGUUCAUUGGCGAAUUUUGGAAAAGCCACUGAACGACAGCGUUUGAAAAAGGAACGUGAAAGUCUCAAGUUAUGGACGCAUCCAAUAUUGACGCUCAAAUAUAGUUUUCUGGAAAUGUCGACGCUUUUUCAAAUUUAUAAACGCAGUUUAUUAAAUCAUAAGAAGACUAUAAGCUUUCUAUUAGUGCUGCUUACAGGAUUUUUUACAUUAUGGUAUAUUCCUGGAAACCAUCAAGUCUAUGUUGAACUGAUAAGGAAAAAUGCUUUCUUUGUAAUGUAUUGGGUCGGACUUGGUGUAAUAUCAAGCAUUGGACUUGGAACUGGCUUGCAUACGUUUAUUCUUUACUUGGGUCCUCAUAUAGCUAGCGUAACUCUAGCGGCUUACGAGUGCGGAUCACUCGACUUUCCAUCCCCACCCUAUCCAGACGACAUCAUCUGUCCCGAUAAUCCGACGCCUGGAUUUGUUCCUUCUUUGUGGAGCAUCAUGAGUAAAGUUCGUCUUGAAUCAUUCCUUUGGGGAGCUGGAACAGCUCUUGGUGAACUACCACCAUACUUUAUGGCGAAAGCAGCUCGUCUUUCUGGAUAUGAUCCUGAUGAUGAUGAAGAUUUUCAGGAAUUCGAAGAAUUGCAAAAGAAGAAGGAACAUGGAGAGAAAUUAAGCACUUUUGAGAACCUUAAAUUGGGAAUGGAAAGAAUUGUUGAACGUGUUGGAUUCUUGGGAAUUUUGGCAUGUGCAAGUGUUCCAAAUCCGUUGUUUGACUUGGCUGGAAUAACUUGCGGGCAUUUCCUGGUUCCAUUCUGGACAUUUUUCGGCGCAACCCUUAUCGGAAAGGCUGUGAUUAAAAUGCAUCUGCAGAAAAUAGUUGUUAUUGUGGCAUUCAACGAGGUUUUGAUUGAGAAAGCCGUAGAUUUAUUAGAAUUCAUUCCAGUUAUUGGAAAAAAGUUUCAAGAACCAUUCAAAUCAUUUUUACAAAACCAAAAAGAGAAAUUGCAUCGCGGUAAGACCGCAAAUCCUCCAAAAGGCAAUCUAUUACAGAAAGUCUUUGAAGUUUUUGUGGUAGGCAUGGUCCUUUACUUCAUUCUGUCGAUCAUUAAUUCCUUAGCCCAGAGUUGGCAUAAAAGGAUACACAAAAAGUCGAGCAAAAAGCAACAGCGCAAAAUAGCAAAGGAGAAUUAA